AUGUCCACCCCAAACGAUCUCCAGGCCCUCCUGGCCAGCAUUCGUCCACGGCCCUCGCCGUCCAAUGUCCCCGGCCAGGAGAAUCCUCACCACCAGCGACCCCAGCAGCCCUACCACUCAGGCCUGUUCCCUCCUCAUCCCCAGCAGCAGCAGCCGUAUAAUGGUCAGAGCUUCCCUCAUUCCCAGCCGCACGGCUAUCACCAUCCUUCGGUUACUUCGGCGAUCCAGAGUCCUUCUCCUGUGCACACCCCGCCUCAUCAUGGCUCCGACAUCCUCAGCCCUAAUGUGUCGACUCCUCGCCCUGACUGGCAGCAGCCGCAGCAGCCGUAUCCGUCCCAGCCGCCUCCUCGUCAGCAGGGCAACCAGGACAGCGCUGCGAGCCUGCUCAAUCUCCUGAGAUUCAGCCAGGGCCCGGUUGCCGCUCCACAGCCAGCCCCCGCUGUGGCUCCUGAGCAGCCUCGAUCUCCUCUGGUCCAGGAGCCGGCCUCGUCGCACGGACGAAACAUUUCCGCAUCAGACCUGGUCGCGUCCUUUUUAGGUCAGAAGGCGGUUCCUACUGAGUCCCCCGCCGUCCCAGCUGUUGCACCCGCACCAGUACCCUCCGUUCAGCCCGAAGGUCCCAGUGAAAAUACCCAGGACAUGCUGCUCCGUCUGCUCAACCGGUCCCAGCCUGGCCCGGGCGUGGUGGAAGCGCCCGCUUUGGUUCCAACUACCAAGUCAAUUCCUCCCCAGCAAGCCUCCAACGGGCCCACAGAGCAGAGAAACAAUACUCUCCUUACGGAAGUCGUGGACGCCAAUCCCGGGGGACCUGCGAAGCCGGAAACGGUCGCAUCCCCUUCUUCCAAGGAGUCCAUGUUUACCUAUAUCAACCCGUUCGAUCAAUUGGCUGCUAUUUCUCCUGGUAACAAGUCUCCGCAGCCUAAGUCCGAUAACGAGUCCCCGGCUGUUGAAUUGACUAAGGAGAAAAUCAACGUCGCUGCUGAUGUUGAGGUCCCCGCUGCCCCCGAUAUUGUGCGGUUGCCGAAGAGAAGCAAGUCUCCUGUUCUAGAACCUGGGCAGCGCGAGGCCGUGAAUGAUGUUGUCGGCCGCCUCGUGGGCGAAAUUGGACGCUCCCUCAGUGGCAGUGAGCCCCAGCAGCCUACGUUGGAAGAGGAGAUCCCGUCCCCCGCUCCCAAGGCGGAGGAGCCUGAAGCUUUUCUCUCAUCAAUCGCUAGCCACCUGCGCGAUACGAUCUCUAAAGCCCAAGAGGUUGCCGCGGAGGCCGCUAUGUCACAGCCUGUGAACCCGAAUACUGAGUUAGGCAAAGGCAAGCAAACUGGAACUGACACCGCCCCGAUUCCCGCUGGCGAGAGCGGCAAUGAAAAUACCGAUGCCCUGGCUGAUAGCUGGGAGAGUGCCGAAGACAGCGCGGAGAAGGACGAGGAGCGUGUGGUCUCUGUUCACAAUUUUCCCCUGCGGCCCUUCAUUUCCAUCACGGUCAAGCCAUCUGCUGCUAAGCUUGUGGAUUUCCGUGACGAUGGGAUCAUGGACAUCGCGCGUCUCAAGAAGGAUUUUGAUCAGCUGGACCGUUCGCUGACCGCCGCUACCUCUGAUUACAUUGUGUAUGCCCUUGCGAAGACCGGGGGGAUCAGAAUUAUUCGCCAAGACGACGGGAGUGACCGACAAGUCUUCCGGUCUACCCGUGACCGUGUAUUCAACGUCACCUUGUGCACAACUCACGCUGCGGAUGGCCAGUCCGACGUGCAGGCGAUCCUCGGCAUUGGUGUCAGCGGCGCUGUAUACUGGGCUUUGAUUUCUCGUGCCGAGAAGGAUCUGUUUGAGCAGGAUGCUUUGGAAAGCGAAAGCUUGAUCUUCCCACCUUUCCCUGCCUCUGACGAGAACACCUCCGGUGGCCAGCUGAAAACGCGGGCCAAGCGGAGCUCUCGUCACCCCGACCUCUUUGCCAUUGGUCGCGGUAAGAACAUCUACGUGAUUCCUCCCCAGGCGGCUAUGUCUGCCACCUACGGCGUCGCUGCUUCCCAGCGCACUGUCAACACGGAGAAGUUCUUCAAGGAGCGGGCGCUGAAGAUCUCGACUGGCAAGGCUGGAAAGGACUUUGCCUUCAGUGAUGAUGACACUGUUAUUGCCUCUCUGGACAAGACUGGGCGGCUGCGUUUCUGGGAUAUCAGUGAUAUCCUGGAUAACCCUGCCUUCCUCGAUGGUCCUGCCCCGACGGAAGUCCGGGUGCCACUGAACACGUUCGUGACCGGCUCGCCUGCUGAAAAGUCUUGGCCAACCUCGGUGCUGUUCCUUGACAAGCUUCGCGCGUACUCGCGCUCCAUGGCGCUGCGGUAUGUUCUGGUCGGUCUGAAGCAGAACCACACCUUGCAGCUCUGGGAUAUUGGGCUGGGCAAGGCUGUGGAGGAGCUGAAGUUCCCCCACGAGAACGAGUCGGACGCCAUCUGCAGCGUUGCGUACCACCCGGCGUCGGGCAUCAUUGUGAUCGGCCACCCCACCCGCAACUCGAUUUAUUUUGUGCAUCUGUCUGCACCUCGCUAUAACCUGCCCGUCAUGUCGCAGGCGGCGUUCGUCAAGGCCGCGACCGACAAGGACAGCACCCUCCCCAAGCCCGAGUCGACUGCCUGCCUGAGUGGGAUCCGGGAGAUCUCUCUUGGUUCCAAGGGCCAGCUGAGAAGCCUGGAGCUUCUGCCUAUUACCAAGUCUGCCACUGAUAAGCGUGGCACCGAAGAGACUGGCCUGUUCGAGCUAUAUGUUAUGCACUCUCGCGGUGUUACCUGCCUGAACAUCAAGAAGGAGGAUUUGGGAUGGACUGAUGACAACAAGGUCGUUCGUGCCAUUGAUGGCCUAGAAGCUGGGUCCAUUGAGAUCUCUGAGCUCCAGACCUUCCCCAGCUACGUCACCGAUGACCCUUCCGUCAACGGCGAUGCCGCAUCGACUCCGUCCCGCACUGCGAAGGAAGCAGUCAAGAAAACGGACCUCGUUGAGUCGACUGCUGGUGUGGUCCCGUCACGCAACGCGUCGCCUGCUAAGGCUCCCGCUAAGAAGAAGCUUGUCGAUGAUCAGGCCGAGGCUCCUAAUGGCGCGGAAAAGGCCGAUAAGAAGAAGAAAAAGAAGCCUUCCACUGCUGCCUCUGAGACAACUGUUAAAGCUAGGGAACCUACCGCCACUGUUGGUGUCGAACCUCUGCCUACCUCCGACAAACCCACCAGGGAGAGCGAGAUCCUCACCCCGUCUGCCGCCCCUAUGCACGCAAUUCACCCUGUCCAGCGCGUUGUCCCUAGUAUCUCGGACGAGGCUUUGAACAAGCAUCUGGAGAGUCUUCAGAGCAGCGUCUCUAACGAGUUCAACAAGAGCCUUGGUCGCGAGUUCGAAUCACUUUACCGUCGCUUUGACGAUGAGCGCCGCAGCUGGGAUGCUGCGUCGUCCGCGAAACAAGACCAAGUGCUCCGUCUGGUCUCUAGCACGCUGUCCGACAACGUGGAGAAGAACCUGACUCGCAUCGUGUCAAACAGCAUCCAGACUGAGGUUGUCCCCGCUAUCAGCAACACCACCUCUGCCGCUGUGGGCAAGCAAAUUAGCGCCGCCAUCUCUGAGCAGCUCGGCAGCGCCCUCAGCGAUGAACUCCGCCAAGCCCUUCCAAAGGCUGUUACCACUGCCCUGCAGCAGCCUGCUGUGAUGAAGGCUGUCUCGGACUCGGUCGCUCAGAAAUUGUCGCCGCGUCUUGAUGCUGUCGUCCAGGGCGCCAUUGCUCCUUUGGUGGAAAAUGCCACCCGCAGCACUCAGAAGGUUGAGGCUGAUCUUGAUCGAUUCUUCCGCUCGCAGAUGAAGCAUUAUGAGGCUCAGCGCCAGAGCGACCAUGCUAAGAUUGAUGAGAUGUCGGCUGUUCUGCGUGAUCUCUCGUCCAAGGUUGUGUCUUUGUCUGUACACAUGCCUGCGAAGACUGCCCCGAGUGACGCAGAGAAAGAUGCGAUUAUGAAACUCUUCUUCGAGGAGGGUAAAUAUGAAGCCGCUUCGUUGAAGUGGAUCGAAUCAAGCCGACAAGCUGAUCUAUUCGACCUCCUCUUCGUCCGUAUUGACCCGGAAUACAUGACCAAGCUAAACGUGAUGCUUAACCUCUCGGUUGCCGUGGCCGUUACCGUUUCUCUGGAAACCAAUAUUGCUAGACGUCUCAAGUGGCUGGAGACUGUCCUCACCAGCGUUGAUCCAGAAGCUCACCAGAACACCGGCCUGGGUAUGUCACUCGUCAUGAAUGAAGACCUGCGCCAAGUCGUUCCCAUCACCAUGGACAAACUCGGCCAGCGUCUGCACGGCCUCUAUGUGACUGCCAUGCAAGACAACCAGCAGCACCCGAGCCCACAGAAGCAGGAGCUCGCAUCGCGGGCAGUCCGCCUUAUGCACUUCACGCGUAAGCUGCAUGGCGACUACAGCAGGGCUGCUUAG